GGCAGAGCAGACGCGACGACGCAAGCGCAAGAUAUCCCUGGACGGACGGCUAGUUUGCUGAAAAAAGACUUUCAAUUUCGAAAGAUUUGACAGAGGUUUUUAACAACGGUAAUCAAGGGGAAUUAGUGUAUGGGUGAAUGGCGUUCGAGCUUUAGCCGAGCGUUAGCCGGAGAGGGCGCGGGCCAAAUCUGCCUGAAUCUGGCAAUAUGGCGUCGUCCAUUAAGCUGACGUUAGCCAGCGGCGACUGCACGUACGUGUACCCGGUACUGAUACCCACUGCACUAUGUGGAUGGAGUGGAGCCGACACGAACAUCAACUUGAAGUUGAGUCUUGACUCUUGAGCUGAGACUACAAUCUGACUGAUGACCACAGUUGUUUGAACAGACCAAGACCUAGUUUUCCUGAUAAAAAUCACCAUGGCAAUACCUGAGAGGAAGAGCAGUGGUAAUGGCUUCCAGUUUGCCAUCGACAGGGGUGGCACCUUCACUGAUAUCUACUGCAAGUGCCCGACUGGGAAGGAAAUUGUGAUGAAGCUGCUGUCUGUUGAUCCUGCCAACUACUCUGAUGCUCCAAUGGAAGGCAUCAGGAGGAUCCUUGAACAGGAAACUGGAAUCUCCAUGCCUCAAGGUCAGCCCUUGGAUACGUCUAUCAUCGAUUGGAUCAGGAUGGGAACAACCGUUGCUACCAAUGCCCUGUUGGAGCGCAAGGGGGAGAGAAUGGCGCUGGUCAUCACCAAAGGUUUCCGAGAUCUGCUCCACAUAGGUAACCAAGCCCGUCCAAAGAUAUUUGACCUGGAGAUAGUAUGCCCCGAGGUGCUCUAUGAGGAAGUGAUUGAAGUGAAGGAGAGGAUGGUCAUCCAACAAGAUAAAUGUGGUUUACCUCAUCAAGAAUUUGCACAAACUUUCACUAGCAGCACCUCUGAAAAGCUAAUAGAAUGGGAUCCAAUGGAUAAGGAUACUCUCAAGGCAGAUUUACAGCGAGUUUUGGACAAGGGUAUCAGGAGUUUGGCUGUAGUGCUCAUGCACUCCUACAUGUUUGAAGAUCAUGAGAGAGAGAUUGGAGAGCUUGCUCUAUCAAUGGGUUUUACUCAUGUUUCAUUGUCUGGUUCUAUCAUGCCCAUGGUCCGUAUUGUCCCAAGAGGAUUUACAGCAUGUGCUGAUGCCUACCUCACCCCUUGCAUCAAGUCAUACCUGAGCAGCUUCUCUGCAGGGUUCAAAGACAACCUCAAGGAUACACAGGUUCUCUUCAUGCAAUCAGAUGGAGGCCUCACACCAAUGGACAAGUUCAAUGGAUCGCGAGCCAUCCUCUCAGGUCCUGCCGGUGGAGUAGUAGGCUAUGCUCUUACAACCUACAACAGGGUGUCCAGUCUACCUGUUAUUGGUUUUGAUAUGGGAGGUACGUCAACAGACGUUAGCAGGUAUGCUGGAGAGUAUGAGCAUGUGUUUGAGACGACAACAGCGGGCGUGACAAUUCAAGCACCCCAGCUCGAUAUCAAUACUGUUGCUGCUGGAGGUGGCUCAAGAUUGUUCUUCCGCUCUGGGAUGUUUGUAGUCGGACCUGAGUCAGCAGGGGCACACCCUGGUCCAACAUGCUACAGAAAAGGAGGACCUCUGUGUGUGACAGAUGCUAACUUAGUCCUGGGACGUCUUCUACCCGAGUAUUUCCCCAAAAUCUUUGGUAAAGAGGAAAAUCAACCUCUCGAUAAGGAUGCUUCCAUGCAAGCAUUUGUGGAUCUCACAGAUCAGGUGAAUGCGUUUUUAUCUGGCCAAGAAGGAAGUAGCAGAACUGACCCCAUGACCCCCGAGGAGGUCGCUAUGGGCUUCAUUCGUGUAGCCAACGAGGCCAUGUGUCGUCCAAUCAGAGCCCUAACUCAGGCUAAAGGCCAUGACACAUCUGCUCAUGUGUUGGCCUGCUUCGGUGGGGCUGGAGGCCAGCAUGCUUGUGCAAUAGCUCGAUCUCUGGGUAUGUCAACCGUCUUUAUACACAGGUACUCCGGUAUCCUCUCUGCCUAUGGCAUGGCCCUGGCUGAUGUGGUGCACGAUACUCAGGAACCCUGCGCUGAUUCCUAUGAGCCAUCAGCAUUCAAGCAUAUAGAUGAACGAAUAGAAGUGUUGAGAGAGCAGUGCAUUGAGGAACUCACAAAGGAAGGCUUUGCAAGAGACCACAUAGAGACCGAACCCUACCUCCACAUGAGAUACAACAGAACGGAUUGCGCCCUCAUGUGUUCCGCUGCGUCCUUCCCUGCGACAGGCUCGACAAGCAGUCAUGGGGAUUUCCUUGCUUCCUUCAUGGCAAGGUAUAAGAGAGAGUUUGGCUUCGUCAUCCCAGAAAGAAGGGUUUGUGUGGAUGAUAUCAGAGUCCGAGGGGUGGGAAAAACAUUGAUUCCUCUGGACGCUAAGAAGAAUCCAACAGGAGCUCCACCAAGGGUUGAAAAGAUGAUAAAAUGCUACUUUGAAGAGGGAUCGCUGGAUACGGCCGUUUAUCUCCUUGACGACCUGUCAUGUGACCACACCAUCAUAGGCCCCGCCAUCUUGAUUGAGAAGAACAGUACUAUUCUGGUUGAAAAUAAUUGUGUCGCUACCUUCACAGAGAACGGAGAUGUGAAGAUACAGGUUGGAAGUGAUGAUCUCAAAGCGAUUGGUACUGACCUUGAUGCUAUCCAGCUUUCCAUCUUCUCUCAUCGGUUCAUGAGCACUGCGGAACAGAUGGGUAGAGUCCUUCAAAGAACAUCCAUAUCCACCAACAUCAAGGAGCGGCUUGACUUCUCUUGUGCUAUGUUCGGAUAUGAUGGAGGUCUGGUUGCGAAUGCACCCCACAUCCCUGUCCAUCUAGGUGCAAUGCAGAAGACUGUCCAAUAUCAGAUGGAAUCAUUAGGUGAUGACUUGAAGGAAGGGGAAGUGAUCCUAUCAAACCAUCCUGCUGCUGGUGGCAGCCAUCUCCCUGAUCUCACCGUCAUCACUCCGGUAUUUUAUCCUGGCCAGCCGCGCCCAGUGUUCUAUGUAGCCAGCAGAGGGCAUCAUGCAGACAUAGGGGGAGCCUCGCCAGGAUCCAUGCCUCCAUUCUCCAAGUCAAUAUUUGAGGAAGGAGCCGUCUUCUUCUCCUUCAAGCUUGUCAAAGAAGGUGUCUUCCAAGAAGAAGCUGUGACAGCAGAACUAAUGAAGCCAGCUCAGUACCCAGGAUGCACUGGGACAAGGAAUCUCCAUGACAACCUAAGUGACCUCCGUGCACAAGUUGCAGCCAACCACAAGGGUAUAAUCUUGAUCAAACAACUCAUUGAUUACUACACCCUGCCAGUGAUCCAAGCCUAUAUGAAGCACAUCCAGAAUAACGCUGAGAUCGCGGUCAGGGACAUGCUCAAAGAGAUUGGUCAAAAGACCCUUAGAGAGACCGGUCAAACCCACCUUGCUGCCAUUGACCAUCUUGACGACGGGUCGCGAAUCGCUCUGAAAGUGGACAUCAACAUUGAAAAGGGAACUGCAACAUUUGACUUUAGUGGUACCGGUCCUGAGGUUUAUGGAAACCUGAAUGCACCCUCUGCUGUUUGUCUAUCAGCAGUCAUCUACUGUCUACGAUGCAUGGUCGGACAUGAUAUACCACUCAAUCAGGGUUGCCUGAACCCGAUCAAGAUCAUCAUUCCGGAGGGUAUUCUACUCAACCCUACCCACAAUGCAGCAGUCAUCGGUGGUAACGUAGAAACAUCGCAGAGGAUUGUAGAUGUCAUACUCAAAGCGUUCCAAGUCUGUGCUGCCUCACAGGGAACCAUGAACAACUUCACGUUGGGAGAUGAAGAUGUUGGAUACUACGAAACAAUAGCAGGAGGGGCUGGUGCUGGUCCCACGUGGCACGGUAGGAGUGGUGUCCAUGUUCAUAUGACCAACACCAGGAUCACUGAUCCAGAGAUAUUUGAAAGAAGAUAUCCUGUCGUAUUGAAGCAGUUCCAGUUGAACCCUGGCACCGGAGGAGCAGGGCAAUUCCGGGGCGGGGAUGGGGUCGUCCGAGAGGUCCUCUUUAGACGACCUUUGACCAUCGCACUCCUGAGUGAACGCAGGUCUUUUAGACCCUAUGGAAUGAAAGGUGGCUGUGAAGGAAUGCCAGGAAGUAACCAUUUUAUCUUUGCCAAUGGUCAUACCAUCAAUCUAGGAGGCAAGAAUACCAUCGAUGUGAAGGCUGGGGAUGUAUUACUGAUCCGUACUCCUGGUGGAGGUGGUUACGGGUCCCCUGACGACAAUGACAACAACGAUGAUAGCAACAACAGACCACGGAAGCGAUCUCGCAAAGACGAAGAUCCAAACAGUCACUUCCUAGAGAGGGGAAGCGUCUACGCCUACAGACUAGCCCAAGAACAGGUCUAAUUCAUUCCAGUGCAUGUUAACCUAUUGACUACUGAAUUCUGUAAUGCCCAUAGGUUUUGGACAGGGACCACGCAGUUUCAGUAGGCAAUGCGUUAACCGGACUACAGUAGAAACUAACCAAAACUAGAAAUUGUUUUCCCAUGAAAAAUAGCAUAAUGAACGAAGGCUAAUGGAUUUGGAUAAUAAUGAGGGUUUUCUGUUUAAUACAGAACAUAGUUUAUAAUAUAUCUAAAGUAUCUUGGAUGAUGGUUAUGAUGAUGUCAAACUUGUGCAAUUACUCAAAGCAUCCUGAUUAGAAUAUGUUUUGUCAUUGUAUUCUUCAGAUAGUGUCGGCUUUUGGUAUUAAUAAUAUCUGGAUUUUAUUGCAGAUUUAACUUUAAUUCAAUUGAUUGAAUUUUAUCUGAAUAGUAAUUUCAACCUAGAACUUCUUAUACUUUAUUUCAGCACAGAUUAUAUCAAAUAGAAGUUACUAACUAAUGUACAGUGAUUUUUGUUCUGUUGUAAGUAUGAUUAUGCACCAACUGUCUUUCCAAUAUUGAACUUCAUUUUCAUUUAGAGCAAUUCUAUAAAAUAUAUAAACCAACUCCCUAUAGGUGGGACCUUUCAUAUCAAAAGUUGUAAUGCUCUCGAAUUAUUGAGAAGUUCAUGAAGUGAAGUUAGAAUUGAGAGAAGUGGGGGUUGAUUAUUUUACUCCAUGGACCUGAAAUUGAUAAAUAUGGCUUGAGAAUAUAAAUUAGAACUUUGCCAGUUUAUACACAGAAACAGUGAUUUUUAUAUGCCCAAUUAUUUGUCAAUUUCACAUUUGAGUGAAUUUUCACCUUGCAACACUUUUUAACAUCAAAUGAAAGCUACUAAAGCUAUAAAAAUACAUGGAUUUUUUUUCUUGCAGUUUUUUUUUUUUUCAUAGGUAUCAAAAAUGAUUGUGCCAAUCUACAGAAUAUUGUGAACAUGGCCUGAAUUCAUAGAUGAAUAGAUAAUGGAAGAUGCUAAAAUCUAUAUGAAGUGACCUUUCUAUCUAUAUUUUUAUGAUUUUUUUUUCAUACUAGCAGUUUGUUAUAUUAUUAUUAGAGUAAGUUUGAUGGAAACUUUAUGGUAUGUAUUAUGUAAGGUGAAAUUUAAUUGGGAUUUUGCAAUAAUGUAAUUUUGAAAAGAUGUAUAGAUGGAUUUGUAUACAGAUGUUCAGCACAAAUGUUGAUACUGGUCAGUAUUGAUAAGUGAUUUGCAAUAACAUGAAAAAUAUUUUUUUUUGGAAAUCGUUUUAAUUUUUAUGCUAAUUAUAAAUAUAGGGGAGCCAAAUACAACUCAAUCCCAAACUGUUGAACCUUAAAUUGUCAGCAUUUGAAACCCACUUAUCAAAAACAUUAGAACUAGAAGUACAUGCAUGUACUAUAUUUGUCUGUUUUGUUUUGUUUUGUUUGUUUUUUUCAUUUUCAUUCAUGCAAGAAUUUAUGAAAUCCAAUGAAAGUGAGAUAUAGCAACAUGGAAGCAAAAGCAAGAUUUUUUACAUUUCAAACUCUCCAUAGUUUGUUAAUUCUGGCCUAUAUGUACCAACGCAAUGAUUAGAUGUUGAUUAUUAGCAAAGUGUUAUUGGCUUAUCAUUCAAUACAUUUAAUAAAAAAAGAUGUUGUCUUUUAAAUGAUACAUUUUCUAUUCAUUCACAGUAGUAGUUCUUUGAGUAAUGUUACUCAAAGGAGAACAUGAUUGUGUUUGUACUGUAUUACAAUUUUUUGUAUAUCAGAAUAUUAUCAUACAUGCAUUGAAAGGAUUAUGAAGGAGCAACUUAAUUUCUCUUUUAAGAUUUGAUUCUGAAAUACAGAUUCUACCUUUUUUCUCUCAUGUAUCCUGAAUAUAUUGUAUUUUAUAUAUAUGGCUGGAUUAAUUAACUUACUAUAUAAAUUGAUUAUAAUUAUGAUACUGGAAUUCUAUAUACUA